AUGGAAGAGUGUAAACUGCGGCCAGUUGUAGUCUUCAGCUCUUCAGAAAUUAAAGCUCUGGCUGCCAAGCAAGACGAUCAGGCUGCCAAGCAAGAAGCUCAGGCUGCCAAGCAAGAAGCUCAGGCUGCCAAACAAGAAGCUCAGGCUGCCAAGCAAGAAGCUCAGGCUGCCAAGCAAGAAGCUCAGGCUGCCAAGCAAGAAGCUCAGAUUUGGUCCGCGGCGGGUUCCAGCCGACAGCCCGUCCCGUUGAUGCCUCCCGCGCAGCUUCAUCCGGGAGCGCCCCGGGUGGUCGCUCAGGCGCCUGCGGUCCCUCUUCAGUCGCCACCGCCUUCGGAGCAGAUGGACGUCGACCCCUCAGCCGGGCCGCCUUCCCAAGCGGUGGCUGUGCAGCCUGUCCUGCAGCCGCUUUCCUUGGGCACCGCCAAGGAGUCUGACACCGCAGCACCUUGUCCGGCGCCCACUCAGCAGCCGUCGACGCAGCGUCAGGAGACGCUGCCUCUCUUCGUGGGUCCCGACGCCCCGUCGCGUCCAGUACCAGAAGCUGCGCCCGUGGUCACAGGCGUGCACCCUGACCUCGGUUUUCAGUCGGUGUUUCCCGAGGCCCCGCGCAGCCAAUGCUGGGGUGCGGACCGGCGACUGCCACCGACAACAGUCUCCGCCCCGAAUGCAGCUAAUAAUUUAUCUUGCUCUCAAAACAGUUUUGAAGAAACAUUACCAUCAGCGAUAUCUUUGGCAGAGGAGUAG